UGAUGACCUCGAAACUCAUACAUGCCCGGUGUUGUUAUGCAACAUACCGGGACACGGUUUUAGAUAAUAAUCGAUUUCAUGACACGGCGAACAAAAUAUAGCGACCAUCAACUGCUAUCGCAGCUUAACCACAAAUUCAACACACACUCGAUAGGUGUCAUUUCCCACGGACCCGCGACCUCAUUCUACAGUUAAACGACUCCGCACUGGCUCGCAAACUGAACCCCAUACAGCCGCACUGUCUAAAUUAUCUUCUCCGUCACUUGGGUGACUUAAAGGAGUGAGCAUUUGAUUGAAUCUGUAGACCUUUGUCGCAAUUCCAUCUUGUAAAGCGCAAGCAUCCCCCGGUCAUUUAACCUGAAGGACAGUCUCACGACCUUCCCGUAAGGCCAACAGCACAGAAGGGGCGGAGUCUAUCAUGCGAAAACACUCCGGCUGAGUUUAGCCUUUUAGCUAGCCGCCUGACGGCUUUCAUUCAACACUCGUAACAACAUUUAUGAUGGAGUCUUCACUCGGGAUAUCUGAGGAGAAAUGUUUGGCUACUGUUAGAGGACAUGAGCUUAGAGGUGGACAGAAAGAACCAAGACUCCUAUCCCUGUUAGAGUGUCCGGGACAGUUCAAGUUAAAUAUUCUGGCAAACCCUGAAGCGAUUGUAUUAAAUCCAGUGCCCCAGCUGUCAAUCCCCAUCAAUAACCAUUUUCACCUUGUUCGAGAGGCUGAAGAAGCACUUCUCAUUGACAUCUCAAAUAACACAACAGUUCGAAUCCGUCUGCGAGGUGAGCAAACUCCAGAGCUUCUGCUGGAGCUGCAGGAUGACGUUCACACUCAAUCCUUCCUUCAGCAUGCCAUGAAGGCCAAACAGCAAGCUGAGAGUCCACAGCCCAGAAAGAUCGUGCCUGUUGUACCUGUUCCAGUCAAAGGCUGUGUUCCAAUCCCACCGCAAAGAGGAACCUCCAAAUCCACCUCAAACAACCUCAGCAACAGCAAUGUAGCGAAACCCUUAAAUACAGACUCCGCCCUCUCAGACUUCGUGUUGGAGGAAAAUUUUAACCAUUGUUUGAAAGUGGAAGAAAAGAAGAACCACCAAAACCGUAUAGUUGCACAACGAGAGCCACCUCCUCCACCAGUGCCCCCUCUUCCCCCUCGCAAAAGUCCAUACACACCGUCGACAAACCUCACAGCAGCUCCAGCCGCCAAAGACAGGCCACCGCCCACACAGAACACCACACCUGUCAGACACGAGUAUCACUCUGUAGAUCGUCCUGUUUCUUGGACCGACAGCCCAUCCAACCACACAAUGAGACAAGCCAUGAUGAGCAGUCAGGCAAGCUCGAGGGAAGGUCUGCUCAAGUAUCGCCUCAACAAGAAGGAAAAGGAAUAUGUGGACAUUCAGAACUUCAAGCUCUUCAUGGGCACGUGGAAUGUGAAUGGUCAGCCCCCUGAUAGCAGUCUUGAGCCCUGGCUGUGUUGUGUCCAAGACCCUCCAGAUGUUUAUGCACUGGGAUUUCAGGAGUUGGACCUGAGCACAGAGGCUUUUUUGUAUAUGGACUCAUCCAAAGAACAGUUGUGGGUUGACGCAAUAGAGAGAAACCUCCACCCUAAAGCCAAAUACAUUCAGAUGCGUAUUAUUCGUCUGGUGGGAAUGAUGCUGGUGGUGUAUGUCAACAAACAGCACAAGAAUCACAUAAGAGAGGUGGCUGCAGAAUCAGUGGGAACUGGCCUUAUGAAUAAAAUGGGGAAUAAAGGAGGAGUGGCCGUACGGUUUGUGUUUCACAAUACAAGCUUCUGCUUUGUAAACUCUCACCUGGCGGCACACGUGGAAGACUUUGAGCGUCGGAACCAGGACUACAAAGACAUAUGUGCCCGCAUGAGCUUCCACCUGCUGGAUUACCCUCCUCUCAGUAUAGUCAAGCAUGAUGUGGUGAUUUGGCUUGGAGAUCUCAACUACAGGCUAUGUUUGCCUGAUGCCGGGGAGGUGAAAAGGCUUAUUGCAGAUAAUGAGCUACGGAGGCUUCAGGAGUAUGAUCAGCUAAACAUCCAGAGAAAGACUAAACGUGCUUUCACUGAUUUCAUUGAAGGGGAGAUUAAUUUCACCCCAACUUACAAAUAUGAUGCUAAAUCAGAUCGAUGGGACUCAAGUGGAAAGUGUCGAGUCCCUGCAUGGUGUGACCGUAUUCUGUGGAGGGGGGGUAACAUCAAACAGCUUCACUACCGUAGUCAUAUGGAGCUGAAGACCAGUGACCACAAACCUGUCAGCUCUCUCUUCAGCAUCGGGGUGAAGAUGGUGAACGAACAGCGCUACAAGAAGGUAUUUGAAGAAAUUGUGCGUGACAUGGACAGGUUGGAAAAUGACUUCUUGCCGUCUCUGUCCCUGUCCCAUCGUGAGUUCACGUUUGAGAACGUAAAAUUCCGGCAGCUACAGCGUCAGAGUUUCCUCAUCACUAAUGACGGGCAGGUCCCAUGCACAUUCGCUUUCAUUCCCAAACUCAAUGACUCUCAGUACUGUAAGCCCUGGCUGCGUGCUGAACCCUGCGAGGGGGUACUAGACCCUAAUGAGUCAAUGGAGAUUUUCUUUGAAGUGUAUGUCAGUAAAGACUCUGUGACUCUGCUAAACUCUGGCGAGGAUAAAAUCGAGGACAUCCUUGUGCUUCACCUGGACCGGGGGAAGGACUACUUCAUCACUGUCUCUGGAAACUAUCUGGCCAGUUGCUUCGGAACAUCUCUGGAGACUCUGUGCCGCAUGAAGAAACCCAUUCGCGAGAUCCCCGUCACCAAACUCAUCGAUCUGGGAGAGGAUAGCAGCAUGGAAAAGGAAAAAUCCAGGAUGAAUUUCUUGUUGGACAAUACUGGAACAGAGGACAAACCUCUGAAGAUUCCCAAAGAGAUCUGGUUGCUUGUCAAUCAUCUCUACACUAAGGCCUGUCAGCAGGAGGACCUCUUCCAAACCCCAGGCCUUCAAGAUGAGCUACAAAGUAUUAUUGACUGCCUGGAUACGAGCAUUCCUGACUCCAUCCCUGGCUGUAAUCACUCAGUUGCUGAAGCUCUGUUGAUCUUCUUGGAAGCUCUGCCUGAACCUGUCCUUUGUUAUGAGCUCUACCAGCGAUGUCUCGACUGCUCUCACGACAGCCGACUUUGCAAACAGUUAAUAUCUCAGCUCCCACGGGCCCAUCGCAAUGUUUUCCGUUACCUGCUGGCCUUCUUGAGGGAAUUACUCAAACACUCUAUCGACAACAACCUGAACGCCAACCUGCUAGCUACUCUCUUUGCAAGCCUCCUCAUUCGGCCGCCUCCCAAUCUUGCCGGCAAACAGACAACAAGUGAUCGACAAAAAUCCAGCGACUUCAUUCUGGGGUUUCUGAUGGGUGGUGAUGAAGAAUGAGUGAGCUGAUUGCACAAAAGGGGACAGAGGUUAAGGGGUCAUGGAGUGAAUCAGAGGUCUUCGGGUGGACGGCUGAGGUGUGUUUGGCUGGUCUGGAGAUAUUUGGACCACCCAUGCACUACUGUCGUUGGGAGUUUGACAGCAUUGGAACCUGGUAUCUUCAGUAGUUUUUCACAAACACUGCCUAUCGGUUAGGUUUAUUUCUGUUCUUUAAAAUAGAAAAAUAGAUUGGUGUCAACUUAUCUCCGUUGUGGCUGUGGAAGUAUUAAUACGCACAUUUAGAUCCCCGAGAAACCUCAACGUUUUGACUCUAGCAUUUGUGACCCUUCCUUGUCUCUCUGUGACCACUGGAGUAGAGUGCUGUUAUGCCAAAUCCAAUAUAUCUCCUCUUAUUUGACUGAAAUAAGUGUAUAUAUAGACCCACGGACACUCAAAGACCAACAUAUUACACUAAAGGAAAGCCAUGGUAAGGAAACUCCAUGGACUGCUGCUGGCAGGUUAAAGACUCCCUUCAGGUUUGGAGCGUCUUUGCUUUAGUCCACAUAUCUGUCUGCGCUUUCUCCUUUCUGUCCCUAUAUGGGUAUUAGAAAUAUUAGAGCUGUUAGAAUGAUUAGAGUUUGACAAUCGACUACCUUUCAGCACAGCGAAGAAGUCCGGGACAGCAGCUUCUCUGGGAUCUUGACUCACUGAUGUAUUUGAAUCAUGAUGAAUCAGCCGACUCUUGUCAGUUGUGAUGUGCACAUGUUGUUAUUUAUAUGUUUUCCAGUCUUAUAUACAUUAGCAUUGUGCAUUCGGUUGUCCCCUUCAGAAAAAUACAAGUUACAUAAUGAUGGUUUUUAGGUUUUCCUCCUAGCUCCUUUUUAGGCCGCUAUAAUGACAUCUAAAUCUGAACUACUUCAUCUGCACUGAAAAGGAUCCUUUUAUUCCUUUGAGAUCUGCUCUUAGUCCCGACGUUAACAUUUUAACUUAUGUGCUCAAUGAGUGAUUUAUUGUUCUGUCUUGUUUUGUAAUGAAGAUGUAAUCGUGUUUUCUAUUUAAGUGUACAUUGUCAUCCUGACUCUUAACUCAUACUGGGACAGUUUUGUGUGUCUGUUUACAGUCUUUGUUGGUGGUGUGCCGUAUUACAUUGACAUGCAUUUGGUGUAGUGACAUCAGUAUGUGCUUAUGUAUGUUGAAUAAUCGUACACAUUGGGAGUAAUCGUAAAAAAAAUUAACAUGGAGAGGCUCCGCAUUGCACAGCCAGUGUGGUUUUCUUCUGCAGUACGAAUAGGAAGUCUCAUUUUUCUGUUACACAUAUUUAUCAUCACCCUACGGCUAAAAUAUUAUUGGAAUGAAAACCACGGAGCGCACAGCAUAAUGCGUGUGACUUGUGCUUGCUCCAGCAAUAUUUUCUCCAAAUCCCACAGGAAGUGUUUUUGCUGCACUCUUGAGCACUAUGAGAGAAAGAGAUGGAAAAGAAGCGUCAGCAAAUGUUCUGUCUGACUUUGUGUCCUAGUUUUCUUCAAUGCUCAUAAGUUGCGAUGUUCUGUGAGCUGUCAUGGCUGUGGCGCGAUGCCCACUGCUGAUGCUCCCCGUCAUGUGCUUUCUUGGACCAGAUCUAUGUAAUCUUAAAUCUUCUCACAUCAUCUGCCAUGUUUUAAAGCCCCUGCCUUUUUAUAUCUGCUAUGGAAAUGACCAUCAUUAAAUUCCUGAGCUGGGCUGUUUUAUUCAGUCACUCCGCUUUCAUUGCCAGUAGAUGACGUUUCUGAAAGAAAUAAACCUCGUUGUAGGAGACUGUAGGAGCAGAAUCUCAGAUGGCCAUUAUUCUUGCACAAUUUUGUGGUGUGCCGUGAUCACCACCCUGCCUGUUUAUUGUUCUGUGCUGUCUUUCUAUCCAUUUGAUUUUUGUAAUAUACAGUCUUAACGUUUCUGGUACUUUGCAGCUGGGUACUUGUACAUAUGUUUUAUUCGUGGGGGAUGGGGACUUUUAAUUUAUUCAAUGGAAUAAAGAUAUUAUGACCGUG